GAGCAGUGGUUUUGUGAUGUAGGCGACGAACCAGACGUACGUGUUCGGGUUCGUUUCGUUUCGUAUCACCUUGCAAUUGGAGUUUGAAGCUGACCCGAACGAACGCCACGUACCAAAACACGUGAUUCCCGUGAAUUGGGCGGCGAUCAUGACCUUUCCGAUGUGCUCAGAACGGCACAACGAACGUGAUCUUGCACCAAAUGGACCGGCAGCAGCAGUGAAGCAGCACUUUGGAUUGGAGGGGUAUAUAAAGCUGCUCCCGAGACACCAAUGAUACAUCCACAUCUUGGACUUGAACUCAAAAAGCUCAAAAUGUGCUGCAAUCGUUCCGCUUUCGGGCUAUUACUGUUGGCGUGGCUAGUAAGUGUGACGAUACUUAGCGUCGAAGCGUACACAACACCUCCACCGACUACUGCCAACUGUACCGCCAUCAGUACCUUUGACGCUGCCCUGCAGGAAUGUGUCGUCCAGCUCGGGAUUGCACCGGAACGACUCGACCAGGAGUACAACCUACUGCUCUACCCUGCCGAUCGGGACACCAUGUGCUUGGUGCGGUGUGUCGGUGUGCUGCUUCGCUUCUGGAACGAUACGACCGGACUGCGCGAGGCUACGAUCCGUCAGUACUACGAGCCAGCACCGGAAGACCAAGACUACCAGAACCGUACCCGCAGCUGUCUCGCGGCACUGGAACCUAGCGUAACGGACGUUUGCGAACGAGCGCAUCGAUCGUUCCUUUGCUAUCAUCAGCACUACGGAUACCUUCGCAAGACUGAUCGCUACGUACCCAAAACACCGCUCGAGAUGAAACAGAUCCAGCAGGACUGUGUGGAUGUCUAUGGGUUAGACCCGGCCCGGUUGCACCACUACCAGGACGGUCAAUUUCCCGAUGAUCCCGAAACGCAAUGCUUUGUGCGAUGCGUUGGACUUCGGGCUGGACUGUACACCGACCGGGACGGGCCGAACAUUGACCGGAUGUACGUACAGUGUGAAUCGUGCGCCGAUGAGACGCUGUUUCGUGCAAAGGCUGGCGAGUGUAUCGCGGCACAGAGGCGGCACAAGCUGAGCAAGUGUACGGCCGCCUACCGGACGCUGUACCAUUGCUUCCGGGACGAUCAGCUCGAUCUGUACGCAAGCUUAACAACGACGGCGGCUGCGACGGUAACUACCACGACGACCACCAAGAAAAGCACACCACCGAACGCUAUACCGGCACUUUCGGUAAGGAAACCGUGCGAUAGGGCGAAGUUGUCGCCCGAUGCCUGGCAGCUGGAGAUCAUCCUGGAGGGUCUUUACAAUCGGAAGUACUGA